AUGCAGGUAGAGUGGCAACAAAGUGAUGAUUGGCACUCACCACCAUUGCAUUUCAACCUUUCCCAUACUUCUUCUUUGAUAGCCUGUGGGGUUACUAUGGAUUCUCAAAUUGGUAUUGAUGUGGAAGAAAAGCAGCGGACAAUAAGGAAUGAUAUCUUGUCUUUUGCUAGGCGGUACUUUUCACACCAUGAAAUGGAUUUCUUAGCUGCUAUUUCAGACCCUGAAGUUCAGCGCCAGGAGUUCAUAAAGUUAUGGACACUAAACGAGGCAUAUGUCAACCAUGGGAAACCCUCUGUUAUUUUGUCAUUGUAUGUACACUCUGAUUAUUUUAGACUCGCUUAA